UGUCAAUUAGCUCAUGUUUUAACUUGCCUUCCUCAGCAAUCUGUUUUAAUUUUUAUAUUGAUAUUAAAUUAUCAUGGAUUAUUUGUGCUUAUAAUCAAGCUUACCCGAAUCGAGCCCUGAGAAUCAACCCUGGCUAAAUUAAACCCUAGAACAUAUCAGAUUUAUGAAGAUCUCUUGCUUUUUCUUUCUUAUAUUGUGAUUUUAGUGACAGAUAGGGUACAUCUGGUCUGAACUGUCUAAGGUUAAGCUGUUCGAAUCCCAUUGUGCUCUUUUUGGAUUGAGAAGUGUGACUCAAGUGUAAAUGGUCCUAGUUGCGGAUUCAUAUUGAUGGGAUCAGGUCAUGCCGAGGCGUGCAUGACUGAGGAUGAAACAUCAAGUUCGAUGUACACUACAAAUCUGUCCUUACCAAAGGGAGUCGUUCGUGGUUGCCCUAGGUGUGAUGGAUGCCAAAAGGUCUUGGCAAGAUGGCUUCCAGAUGGAGGGCACAGGCCCACACUUGAAACAGCCCCCACAUUUCAUCCGAAUGAAGAGGAGUUCAAGGACACCCUAAAGUACAUUGCAAGUAUACGUCCUAUAGCUGAACCUCAUGGCAUUUGCCGGAUUGUACCUCCUCCCUCCUGGAAGCCACCUUGCCCUCUUCGAGAUAAGGUUAAGUGGCAAAAAACACGAUUCCAUACACGGGUUCAACAAAUUCACAAGCUUCAAACGAGACAAGCAGUGCUCACUAAUGUUGACGGUGGAAGGCAUAAGAGGAGAAGGCUUUCACAAAUGACAAGGGAUUUCAGGCAGGAAGAGUUGUAUGUUACAAAUUUUGGAGCAGAAUGUUUGGCAUCUAAGGAAGAUGACUUUGGAUUUGAUCCUGGACCAGAAUUUACAUUAGAGGCAUUUCAGAAAUAUGCAACUGAAUUCAAAGAUCAGUAUUUUAGGUCUCAAGAUGUUGAGUUGAACUCAGAUUGUAUUGUACUUGAAGGGUCAAAAGGAAGGUUUGCACCUUCUGUAGAAAAUAUCGAAGGAGAGUAUUGGCGUGUGGUUGAGAAACCAACUGAACAAAUAGAGGUGUUGUAUGGAGCAGAUGUGGAGACUAGGAGCUUUGGAAGUGGAUUUCCAAAAGAGCAGGUGGGGGCACCGAAAGAACUUGCAGAUCCUUACCUGACAUCAGGUUGGAAUCUAAACAAUAUUGCACGACUCCCAGGGUCAAUGCUUUCUUUUGAAGAAGGAGAUAUUUCUGGUGUCGUAGUACCGUGGGUGUACAUAGGAAUGUGCUUUUCAUCAUUUUGCUGGCAUGUAGAGGAUCAUCACUUCUAUUCACUGAAUUAUUUACAUUGGGGUGCUCCAAAGGUUUGGUAUGGUGUCCCAGGAUAUGCAGCUGUGAAGUUGGAAAAUGCAAUGAGAAAACAUUUGCCUCAUCUAUUUAAAGAGCAACCUGACUUGUUGCAAAAGCUGGUAACUCAACUGUCUCCUUCCAUUUUGAAGUGUGAAGGUGUUCCAGUUUACAGGUGUGUUCAGCAAGCGGGGGAGUUCAUACUUACUUUUCCUCGAGCAUAUCAUGCAGGCUUUAACUGUGGUUUUAACUGUGCUGAAGCUGUAAAUGUGGCACCAGUUGAUUGGUUACCACAUGGGCAAAUUGCAACAGAGCUCUACCAAGAGCUCUUCCGUAAAACAUCUGUAUCACAUGACAAGUUACUUCUGGGGGCCUCAAGGGAAGCUGUAAAAAUACUCUGGGAAUUUUCAAUGUUUGGAAAAUAUACCUCUGCCUGUGCAGGUUGGCAUGGAUUCUGUGGGAAAGAUGGCUUACUUACAAAGGCUCUUAAGGCUCGUGUAGAAAGGGAGACUGCAAGGAGAGAAUUUCUUCCAAAUUUGCUGAUUGUAAGAAAAAUGGACAGGCACUUUGACAUGAAAGAAAGAGAAUGCUUUGCCUGCUAUUAUGAUUUGCAUCUUUCAGCAGUAGGUUGCGGUUGCUGUCCAGAAAUUUUUGCUUGCCUGGAACAUGUGAAUCAACUUUGUUCAUGUGAUUGGAGUAAGAAGUUUUUCCUCUAUAGAUAUGAUGUGAGUGAGUUAUAUAUACUCAUUGAAGCACUAGGAGGAAAACGAAGUUCAAUCAACAGAUGGGCCAAUCAAGAUUUAGGCUUAACAUCGGCUUCUUCUGUUAACUUGUUGAAAACACAAGAAGAACUUUUGCAAGAACCCACGUCUCCUCUUUCUUCUUCCAAUUCUAUGCCUACGCUUAGGGAAAACUCACUUAGGGGUCCGCCUUUGAUCUCUGAAGCUCCAAAUGUUCAAGAUAGAUCAAUAGGCAAAGAUCUACCAAGAGCAAAGGGUUCACAAGCAGCAACUUGUGUUGAAACUAUAGUGCUUAGUGAUGAUGAAGAAGAUGCAGAUAUUAAUUGUAGAGAAGAAAAAAUCGAAGAAAACAUACAUGAACUUGACAGAAUGAGGGAUUUUGAUAACAUAGAUCACUGCAAUGAGAGAACGGCAGUUGAUAUUUCAUCUGCUGAGAAGCAUUUUAACAAAGACAUAAUUGAACAGAAGGAACAGUAUAUGGUGAAUACCUCCUUUACUCACAGAGAACACUUUUUAAACAUGGAUUCUGCAGCACCUGAAGAGUUGACAACAGAUCAAGACCAACUUAAGAAGCAUGAACUCCAACAAGGGAGGGUUUCCUAUAUUUUACCAAAUUCUAAUAGACAUGUGGAUACAGACUCCAUACCAGAAAAAUCCCAAUCCCAUAUUGAAGCUCCAUUUAUGCAAGAUGUGGAGUUGCAAAUGCAAUUACCAACUGAAACUUCUUUUCAGUCAAUGGAUUCCAUCAGCACUAAUUUGUCAGACAGGGCAGCUCUGGGUGGAAGGCAUUUUAACUGUCAGAAGCCUCUGUAUACUACUGCUUCUGAAUGCAUUAUAACGAUGGAACAUAGUGAGGAAGUUCCCCGAACAAAUCAUGUGGAGAAUGAUAGCAACGUAAUUUCAGUCGAUAUAGAUCCAUUAGAUGUACAUGCAGACCAUUCUUCUGCUGGUGUGCUUCCUGCCUGUGCUAGUUAUGAUGUUCAUGUUCUUGAUGUUGGUGUUAUUGAGCCCUGCAAGCCUUGGUAUGACAGUGAGACUAUAUUUCCCAGAGGAUUUAAAAGCUGUGUAACAUUCUACAGUGUUCUAGAUCCGGCAGAGAUGUGCACUUAUAUUUCAGAAGUUCUGGAUGCUGGACUUAAGCAACCUGUGUUCAAGGUCACAAUUGCAGGACACCCGACAGAAGUAUUCAUGCAUAUAUCCAUUCAGAAGUGCUGGGAAUUAGUGGUGGAGAGAUUGAACAAAGAAAUCACACGGCAGCGAAGCAUCGGAAAAAAGAGCAUUCCUCACUUGCCACCUCCUGAGAGUCUUAAUGGACUUGAAAUGUUUGGCUUUACAUCACCUUUAGUUGUUCAUGCAAUAGAGACAAUUGACCAUGGUCAUAAAUGUACUGACUACUGGGCAGCAAGGUCCAGUACAAGUCAGGUGAAGUGUGUUGGCAGAGGCGGAAGUCCUGUGAAACAUUAUAAAGAAGCAGAUUUUGGAAUUCUUAAGGAUUCAAAUAUUUCUCCAAAUGAGGACUUACCUUCUGAAAUUGACAAGAAGGAUGAAUUAACUCAGACCGAACAAGCACGAGAGGAGCCCAACCUUGUAAGCCUGUCCUCGAGUGAAAAUGUCUAUGUUGUACUUGAAAAACUAUUCAAAAGAGCAAGACCUAAUGAACUAUGGACAUUACAUAAAGUUUUAAGUGGCGAAGCUUGUAGCCCAAAUUGGAAAGCAGCUUUUAGAGCCCUUGCAGAAGAGCUUAAGAAAUUGUAAAUAUUAAUUUUUUUUCUUGAUGUCACGGCAUGACACACACUCCAAAAUGAGUCGAGAAUAUUCUCGUAUUAUUUUUCGUGUAUCACUACAAAUCUCUUUUUCAAUGAAGCACAAUAUACUGAACCACAGAACAUUGUGAUUUAAGCAAGCAUGACAUGAUUUUCCCUGUUGGCUGAAGUACGCAAAGUGAAUUUACUAAGUCUGUCCUAGUGGUCCUGGUUCAGGGGUGAAGAUGCUUGGUUCAUGUAGAUUCCACUAAGGUUACGUUCUUGCGAAGAAUGUAAAUAGAAAACGUCCUUUGAUUUGUGAUGUAAUGAAUCUUGAAACUGUAUAUCCAAAGAUGCUCCGUCAAAAACUAAAUAGAUACCACAAACAUAUACCCAUCUAAAGGAAUUUGGUUAUACCACUUGCGAACACUAUUUUUUAAUAUAUAAGUAAGCAGUAUGAUUAAUCUAGUUA